GGCGCUGCCUCAGCAGCCAUCGAAUCACGUUCAAUUGCAUCCAUGUAAAGGAUACGCCGCGCUCUCGUCCUUUUUGAUAGUGUCUAGUGUUGUGUGCUGCAGUGUUGUUUUGAAAACAAAAAUAGAAAACAAAAACAUACAAGCCACAGCUAAAGAGGAUUUAAAAUGCCAAAGCAUCUAGUUGCCAGCUGCCUGGUGUUGGCCUUGAGUCUGCACCUCAGUUCGGGAGCCAUACACAAGCGCAGUGGGGCCAACACCCUGAAAUCGGAUCCCGAAUCCAAACCCCCACCUAAUCCUGCGGCCAGCGUGGAAAACACGGACCUACUGGACAAACUGAGCUGGAAGUGCGCUAACAAUGCCAGUUGCAUCUAUGGAGUAGCCAACGGCAUCAUGGCCUCCUACCGCAGGGGAGAGACCAUCAAGUUGGGCCUCUUCGACCUGGUCAAACUGCCCGAGGUGGACCCCAAGCUAAAGCACAAAUGGGGCACAGGCCGCGGUCUUACCAGCUUUAUGGACUUUGUCACGGGUAACGCCAUUCGAGUGCCCGUGGGCCCAAUGGUGUUCAGUGUCCAACGGGCAGAAGACGAUAGCGAGUACAUCGAAGUGGCUCUGCUUAAAAAGGCUUCUAGCGGAACAGGUCGCCUGCAGGGCAAUGGCGGAGGAGGACUUGGAGGAGGACUCGGAGGGGGAGGCGGACUGCUAGGAGGCGGCGGCGGUGGUGGAAAUGACAACGGAGGGGGCGGAAUACUUGGCGGGCGGCGGCGUCACCAACACCAGGAUAAGAAACAGUUCCAGAUGUUCAUACCUAUGUACUUGGCAGCCACGACCUUUGGCUGGACCAUGGUGGCUGCGAAGGCAGUGGGCCUGCUUACCUUGAAGGCUUUGAUCCUGUCAAAAAUAGCCUUUGUGGUGGCUGCCAUAGUGCUCAUCAAGAAACUCAUGGACAAUGCAAGCGAAAAGAUGAUGUACCAGUUCCCUGAACAGACACCUUACAUGAUGCCCUACGGCAUGGACUAUCCACUGCACGGCGCAGAAAUCUCGCCAGAAAUGUAUCCUGCUUCGCUGCACCACCUGGCCAUGGCAGGCGGUGGCCAAUUGCCCGGACAUCCUAGUCAUCCGGCCAUAGAAAGCUUGAGCGCCGAGAGCCACCUGCACUCUUCCCAAGUGGCCUCCGACGGCAGCAACAACACCGCAGCUCUGGCAGCCCUUGGCGGCCUCGGCGGAUUGGGUCACAAGAUCAAGCGUGAGGACUCUUGGAUAGCGAAGAGUAAGUCCACCCCAGCCCGGCGUCCUCUGAUUUACAACUAUGUGCAACCCCACAUGCCGUACUUCCGCACCUGAGGCGACUAUUAGCCAAUUAGCAGCUACCAAAGACCCCGUGGGUAGUAGGAGGUCCACCUCCUGCCAUAAGGACACCGAGCAUAGGAUAUCGGAUUUGGGACACCGGACAUCGGAAUCGGAAUUGGAAUCGAGUGCUUCAGGCUGCGCUCAGCUAGAUGAGCUAACUUAUUGUUAUUAUUUAUUGAAUUGUUCUUAUUUUAGUAAAAACCUAGCGCACACACUUAGUCUAGUUCAAUGUCUCUGUAAUUAGCAAAUAAAUUGCUACAAAAAGUGAAAAAAAAAAAUAAAGAAUUGAGCAGAAAGUUGUUCAAAAAUU